AAUUAGUUUGAUUAGAAACGAGCUCUUACACUAGUUACGGUAAUAUUUACGCAACUAUAGAGUUGAAUAAUCUUGUUUCUCAUAAACCCUACAUUUGAUUCUAACCCAUCAAUUGCAACAGUAACAACCAUGUUGAAAUCAUUUAUCUGCAACAAUGCUUUCGCCAUAUCAACAACACUCUCCCACUUCUCCUUCCCAUACCCAUUUUCUCACAAAUUCCUAACCACCACUACCACUUCACACUCAUUCACCGUUUCCUACUUGAUCAACAACUUCAACUUCUCAUCAGAACUCGCUCUCAAAGCUUCCAAACAAGUUCACUUCAACACUCCCAAUAAAGCCGAUUCAGUUAUCAACUUCUUCACAACCCACGGUUUUACUGACACAGACAUUCAAAAGAUCGUCAAAAGAGAACCUUGGCUUCUUUCCUGCGAUACCCACAAAAGGGUUUUGCCAAAGUUUCAAUUUUUACUCUCCAAAGGUGCUUCUCCCUCUGACAUUGUUGGCAUCGCUGUAGGUAACCCUAGAUUCAUGAAAACAAGUUUGAAGAAUCGUGUUAUUCCACUUUAUAAUUUAGUAAAUCAAUUCAUCUGUUCUGAUCAAAAGACACUUGCUUCUAUUAUUUCAUGCCCUUCUUUGCUUUGUAGUGAUUUUGUUGAUUCUAAUAUCAAAUUGUUGGUUGAAAAUGGUGUUUGCAAUUCUAGUAUUUUUAGAAUACUUCGUUCUAGACCUAGUAUUAUCUUUUGUAGUCCUAGAGAGUUAGCCGAGUCGGUUGAGGAAUUGAAAAAAUUGGGAUUAAAUCCUUCUAUGUCAUUCUUUGGUGAUGCAUUGCUUGCCAAGAGAGGUAUAAGUGAAUCCAAGUGGAAUGAGAAGAUUGAUACUUUUAAGAAGUGGGGUUGGUCUGAGGAAACUAUUUUGGAAGCUAUUAGGAGACAGCCGAAGUGUAUGCUUUCAUCAAACGAUAAAAUCAAUAGGGUGAUGGAGUUUUGGGUUAAUGAGUUAGGUUGGGAUUCUUCUUACCUUGUUAAGGGACCAGGGAUUUUUGGGUAUGGUUUGGAGAAAAGGGUCA